CUGCGCUGCCGCGGCGUUGAAUGAAUAUCAAGCAAGCCGACGCCAGGGAAGUUACAAUCUGUAGUUCCAUCGGCUGUACAGACUGGAGCCAAAAUAAACUAAAAUUAUUAGAGUGAUCGUAGAGCCUUUGUAUCCAAUACAACAUUUUAAUAAUGGCCACUGCCGUGACGUUGAAUACCGGAGCAAAAAUGCCGAUUGUGGGUCUCGGAACUUGGAAGUCUCCCAAAGGCAAAGUGAUGGAGGCGGUGAAGGCAUCCAUUGCAGCUGGGUACCGCCACAUCGACGGAGCCUACGUCUACCUGAACGAGACAGAAGUGGGAGAGGGCAUUCACGCCAUGAUCCAGGAAGGCGUGGUGAAGAGAGAGGACCUGUUUGUGGUCAGCAAGCUGUGGUGCACCUUCCAUGAAAAGUCCAUGGUGAAAGAAGCCUGUCAGAAGACUCUGAGUGACCUGAAACUGGACUACUUGGAUCUUUACCUGGUCCAUUGGCCUAUGGGCUUUAAGCCUGGGUCAGAGCUCUUUCCUCUGGACAGUGAGGGGUUAACAAUACCAGACGACACCAACUUUCUGGACACUUGGGAGGGCAUGGAGGAGCUGGUAGACGCGGGGAUGGUUAAGGCCAUUGGAAUCUCCAACUUCAACCACAAGCAAAUCGAGGCCUUGCUGAACAAGCCAGGUCUCAAGUACAAACCUGCCAACAAUCAGGUCGAGUGCCAUCCUUACCUGACCCAGGAGAAGCUGAUCAACUACUGCCACUCCAAAGGCAUCUCUGUGACUGCGUACAGCCCCCUGGGCUCCCCGGACAGACCAUGGGCCAAACCAGACGACCCCUCACUGCUGGAUGACCCCGACAUCAAGGCCAUAGCUGAGAAGCACAACAAGACCACAGCGCAGGUUCUGAUCCGCUUCCAGGUCCAGAGGAACGUGAUCGUUAUUCCCAAGUCCAUUACCCCUGAGCGCAUCAAGCAAAACUUCCAGGUCUUUGACUUUGAACUGAGUGAGGAGGAAAUGAAGACCAUCCUUGACUUCAACAGGAACUGGAGAGCUUGUCCCAUGCAUUGGGGGGUGAAGCACAAGGAUUAUCCCUUCAACAUCGAAUUUUGAGGUAUACAUUGGCGUUGAAAAACGAGCUAUCAUGUUUCUCCUGACUGGGUAUCUUGUUUCUCCUGUAUUACUUUGCAGUUUAUUCGGUUGCUUUUUUUGAAAUAUUGUCCACAAACUGAAAUACACUUGAGUGUUCAAGAUUCUAUUCAAGCAGACUUCCCACAUUCCUUCAAAGUACUUCUAAAACAUCUGCCAUUAAUUUCUCUUUCAAAGUAGCCAAGUGUCACAGGAAUCUGACCUGUGUGACAUUAUUAUUAAAUAAUUGAAGAUCUUUCAAGAUUUGUUCUUUAAAAAAUUAUCGAAGCAUCAUAUAGAAUACAAAGAAUAGAAGCCCUGAAAAGUUACACACUUCCUCUGAGCUAUCAUGUAGUGAAGUCCAAAUGAAGUAUAAUGUGUAAGUAAUACAUAUGUAUCCAUGCAUUCCUUUAUGAGGUUUUGGUGGACAGUAUUUUGAACAAUAUUACAACUUUAGUCUGACACAAGCAGUAUAAUCACUCUGAUACUGAAUUUAGUUGUGGCUUUAAUAAAGUAUGUCUGGCCUGGUCUUUGUCACCGCGCAUGGUUUGGGUGUGUAUACAAGCAGCUGUUAAACCAAAUCUGCCAAGAUUCCAUGGCUUUUCAGUUAUGGGGUUUCAUAGUUUCUGAACUCAUUUCACAAGUAAUUCACAUGCAGUAUUCAGCUGGAGGCCAAAUGUUUGUUAGAAACCAGAUCUGGUGAACAAAGAAGAGUGACUAUAAUACCACAGUAAUUCGUUUGGCCCUCUGAGCAUAAAACAAUUGUUAUAAAUUGUAUGUGUGAGCUGUUUUCUAUUCUAGCUGAUUCUCCUGGCUUCUGUGCUGAAAAGAUUGUUUGUUAAAUAGUAUUAUAUGUUCCCAGGGCACGUAGUGCAGAAAAAUUAAUGUUUUGCAAAAAUAUUUUACUAAUUAAAUAAAGGUUUGGACUAAAACCACCCCAAUGAGUAUAAUAACAAACACAUGUGGUCCUCUACUGGGACCAAUACUCUUCUACAGUAUGCAGUGCUUUAGAGUAAAAGUAUUAAUCUUCAGGUACUUGCAAAGGGAUUUUGUUGUAAAAACAACCUUAAUUAGACCAGACAUGGGUGUAAGUGACACUAAACGGAAUUAAGCCCUCAAAAAUGGUGAAUGAGAUGGAAAAAGUUUGUUGAACCUGUAUGUAAUUUACAUCUGUUGACUUUUGCAUUGAGUGCACUUAAUACACAAAACAGUGAAAUAUUGCAAAAAUGCAGGAUUAGGAAUAUUCAUCUUACAGAUGUAUUAAACAUCUAGUUUUAUAUUGUACGUUGCUGGGGGAACUGCAGACAAGAUGCUUACACAUACUUAUUCUCUCUCCUACAAGAAA